AUGGCAAGCCCAACGUCCAGCCACUCCAUAAACGUCAAUGACCCCAGCUUGAUUUCCCUAGUUAACAAGCUCCAAGAUGUCUUUUCCACAGUCGGUGUCCAAAAUCCUAUCGAUUUGCCCCAAAUCGCCGUUGUCGGAUCACAGUCCAGUGGAAAGAGUUCAGUGCUAGAAAAUAUCGUUGGCCGGGAUUUCUUGCCUCGUGGCUCUGGAAUCGUGACUCGGAGACCCCUUAUCCUGCAACUGAUCAACAAAACCACCACAACGAAUGGUGAGACUAAGCUGGAGACAACAGACAGCGAGUCCAACGUGAACGAGUAUGGUGAAUUCCUGCACCUCCCCGGGGAGAAGUUCUACGAUUUCAACAAGAUUCGGGAUGAGAUCGUGCGCGAAACAGAAACCAAGGUUGGAAAGAAUGCUGGAAUCUCGCCCUCCCCGAUCAACCUGCGUAUCUACUCCCCCAACGUCUUGACCUUGACCCUCGUCGAUUUGCCUGGUUUGACCAAGGUGCCCGUCGGAGAUCAGCCGAAGGAUAUUGAGAGGCAGAUUCGUGAUAUGGUUCUCAAGUAUAUCAGCAAGCCGAACGCAAUCAUCCUAGCCGUCACUUCGGCCAACCAGGAUCUUGCCAACUCCGAUGGUUUGAAGCUGGCGCGUGAGGUGGAUCCGGAGGGUCAGCGCACCAUCGGUGUGUUGAGUAAGGUCGAUCUGAUGGACGACGGAACCGAUGUGGUGGAUAUUCUCGCUGGACGAAUUAUCCCCCUGCGCCUGGGUUAUGUGCCAGUGGUCAACCGUGGCCAGCGUGACAUCGAGAACAAGAAACUCAUUGCCUAUGCCCUGGAGAACGAGAAGAACUUCUUCGAGAACCACAAAGCGUACCGGAAUAAGGCUUCCUACUGCGGUACGCCAUAUCUGGCACGCAAACUGAACUUGAUCCUUAUGAUGCACAUCAAGCAGACCCUCCCCGACAUCAAGGCCCGCAUUUCCGCCUCCCUUCAGAAAUACACCGCAGAGCUAAGUCAACUAGGUGACUCUAUGCUCGGCAACAGCGCCAACAUUAUCCUGAACAUCAUCACCGAAUUCAGCAACGAAUAUCGUACAGUCUUGGAGGGAAAUAACCAAGAGCUGUCCAGCAUUGAGCUGUCCGGUGGUGCUCGUAUUUCCUUUGUGUUCCACGAACUCUACUCCAACGGUAUCAAGGCUGUCGAUCCCUUUGACAUCGUUAAGGACAUUGACAUCCGGACCAUCCUUUACAACUCGUCUGGUUCCUCACCCGCACUAUUUGUCGGAACCACCGCCUUCGAGUUGAUUGUCAAGCAACAGAUCAGGCGCCUGGAAGAGCCCAGCUUGAAAUGUAUCUCGCUGGUUUACGACGAGUUGGUGCGCAUUCUGAGCCAGCUCUUGACCAAGCAGCUGUUCCGCCGCUACCCCAUGCUGAAGGAGAAGUUCCAUGCCGUCGUCAUUUCCUUCUUCAAGAAGUGCCUUGAGCCCACCAACAAGCUGGUCAAGGACUUGAUCAACAUGGAAUCCACCUAUGUGAAUACCGGCCAUCCCGACUUCCUGAACGGACACCGCGCCAUGACUAUCGUCAACGAACGUCAAUCAGCCGCCAAGCCUACACAGGUCGACCCCAAGACCGGCAAGCCUCUCCUCCCCGCCCGUGCCCAGAGCCCCUCGCUCGACACAACCGGUGAGGCCAAUAACCAGAGUGGGUUCUUCGGCAGCUUCUGGGCUUCCAAGAACAAGAAGAAGAUGGCCCUCAUGGAAGCUCCUCCCCCAACUCUCAAGGCUUCAGCCAGUCUGUCCGAACGUGAAGCCACCGAGGUCGAGGUCAUCAAACUCCUGAUUACCUCCUACUUUAACAUUGUCAAACGCACAAUGAUCGACAUGGUCCCCAAGGCGGUUAUGUACACCCUGGUCCAAUUCACCAAGGAUGAGAUGCAACGCGAACUCCUGGAGAACAUGUACCGCACCAACGAGUUCGACGAACUCCUCAAGGAGAGCGAUUACACAACCCGCCGACGAAAGGAAUGCCAACAGAUGGUCGAGAGCCUGGGUCGCGCCAGCGAAAUUGUCAGCCAAGUCCAGUGAUGAAAUAGUGGACUUGGUCGUCAGACG